AGAUUGAGGCUCAACGAUGGCCAGCGAUGGUUGCCAUACUCAGCCACAGUCUGGCCACGCCGUCUCGGCCACCGACGAUCUGCCAGGUGAGGGUGGCCACUUGCCAUGCGUCGACGGCGGUAACGUCACGAGCCUUGCAGCACCUGGCAGGGAGGAGAAGAUCUCGGCAGACUAUUGGCAGGUCCGGCGGGUGCCUGUUACGGUCCACACGAUCGUCGCCCUGAUCAUCGGCAUCACUCUGCGGCUGGUGUUAUUCCCGCAAGCUCUGCUUGCGGACAGGGCGAACGCUGGCAGGACAGAUUUCCUAAUAUUCUUCGGGGUCGCUAAGGCGUCGAGCAAUUUUGUUGGAGGUGCGUUGGCCGAUAGUUGGGGCCGAAGGCCAACGGCCUUGGUGGGCUGGAUCCUCGGAGUUCCUCUGACAGCCGCAUUGCUCUGGACUGAACUGGUCAAAUCGCGUAUAGUGUUGGACGUGUCGGACCUCCUGCUGGGUACGAUGCAGGGCGUCACCUGGGGUCUCAACAUCACACUGCUGAUGGACAUUUUGGGGCCACGAGGGCGCGGCAUGGCCAGCGCUCUAAGCAAUGCUGCUGGCUAUUUUGGCAGUGCUGUGACCGCGCCUGUCGCGGCGGAGAUGGUCAAGGUCACCGGCGACGCUUCCAUGUGCAUCGCGACUCUCUGCUGCGGCGUGUUGUUGGGUUUCGUGCUGGUCGCCACGGACACGAAGGUCUGGCACAGAGUCGAUGUUGCCCGGGAAUUGACAGCGCAUGUGCGAGCUGAUGAUAAUGGCAAGCCCCCUGUCUGGAGCAUAGCGCAGUUUCUUGUACGGGUAGGUUGUGGGAGUUCUGUCCAGGUGUUUUGCCUGAUAUCUGGUCACACUGUGAAUACAACCACCGCAGUGGUUUGGGGCGCGACUGUACAGUGGAUGAAAAACGAAGGUGGCGUCAGCAUCAGAUGUAUUGGGUUCGUGGAGGCUUGGUUCACUGGAUUGGAGGUCAUAGCCAUGCUGGUCUCAGGUUUCCUGUCCUAUCGUGGUUUGAAGCCUCAGCGGAUAGCUGCAGUAACCAUGGCGAUCAUGGCCGUGGGUCUGGGCUUGCUCGCUUGGCAAGCAUCGUGCGCGGUCGUUUCGUGGCCAACGCUGCUUUGCUGCACUGGGAUGCUCGGUGUGGGCGUCGGCGGUGCAUAUCCUGCGCUCGAGGCCGCCGUCAUCGAACAUGUGCCAGAGCACCAGCGUGCCUCUGUGUACGGUGCGUACCGCAUGUGGCGAGAUCUCGGGUUCGCUUCCGGCGGAGUGUUCACGCGGCUGUUCAGCAAUUUUGCAUCUGAGGUAACAGGGGUCUGCCUGUGGACUUUAGUCGUUGCGUUUGCUUUCUUGUGCAACGCAUUCUGCACUGCUAGGAUCGCUCCGGUGCGAGGAGAGCUCGAUCAGGGCACCGAGAUGCCGCUUCUGGGUUGUUGAUGUUCUCUCAGAGCCAGACAUUCUCCGAAAACGAAUUGGAGUGAAAAGAACAUGUCGUUCGAGAUCUUGGGAUGACCCCUGCCAUGUCUUUGCGCACUAUUGUGCCGACGAGUGUGAACAU